GGCGAACGUAGAGUCCCCAGUGCAGGUGCCCGCGGUCUCCCGGUGGCACAAUCUGCCACAACCCGAGGCGACAUGAGUGGCGCAGGGCAGUUGGCUCGCCCGGACCCGACUGCAGCGUCGGUGGCUCGGGAGUACUACCCUGAGGAAGACGAAGACCUGGAGAGCGCUGCGGAUGACGAGUGCAGCUGCCGGAGCCGCGAGUCCGACGAAGACACUGAGGAUGCUAGUGAGACUGACCUGGCCAAACAUGAUGAGGAGGACUAUGUCGAGAUGAAGGGACAGAUGUUUCAGGACAAACUGGCUUAUUUCGAGAGGCAGCUGCAACAACUGCAGGAAGGUAUAUUACAGGAGUAUCAGAAGAGAAUGAAGAAACUAGACCAGCAGUACAAAGAGAGGUUAUGAAAUGCACAACUCUUCCUCCAGCUGAAAACAGAACAAGUGGAAAGAAACUACAUUAAAGAGAAGAAGGCAGCAGUGAAAGAAUUUGAAGACAAAAAGGUUGAGCUGAAAGAGAACCUGAUUGCUGAACUAGAAGAAAAGAAGAUGAUUGAAAACGAUAAACUCACAAUGGAACUGACUGGAGAUUCUAUGGAAACGAAAACCAUCAUGACCAGAAAGUUGUGGAGGCGACUGAAUGAUCCUGUCCCCAUCCCGGACAAAAGGAGAAAACCCGCUCCUGCCCAGCUAAACUACUCACUAACAGAUGAACAGAUCAUGGAGGAUUUGAGAACAUUAAACAAGCUUAAGUCAACCAAGAGACCAGCAUCCCCAUCCUCUCCUGAACACUUGCCUGCCACACCUGUAGAGUCAGCUCAGAGAUUUGAAGCUCGGAUAGAAGGUGGCAAAAUGUACUAUGACAAAAGAUGGUACCACACGAGCCAAGCCAUCUACCUUGAGUCGAAGGACAACCAGAAACUCAGCUGUGUGAUCAGCUCUGUUGGCGCCCAUGAGAUCUGGGUGAGGAAGAGGAGUGACAGCAUGAAGAUGAGGAUCUACUUGGGCCAGCUCCAGUGUGGACUCUUUGUGAUCUGCCUACGGUCAGCCGCUUGGCUUUCAACAGUGUUCUUCCUUUGA